AUGGAGACGUCAGAUUGGGGGAUAAAGUCACAGUGAGUAAGAAGAACCGCACUGUUAAAGCACCAGAAACCAAUAUCAUCCCUUACACUAGCCGUGAGAAAGGAACUAUAUCCCUCCGAAGUCACAGUUCUGACAUUUCACUUGAAGAGCACAGCUAUCGACAUGAGCAAGACGUGCCAAGGAAUGCUGAUUUUGUGCACACGUUAGCCAGAAAGUACGCCUCUGAUCAAGGGGGUAAUCUACCUGGAUGGACAGGAUUCAACACGCAAGUUUAUAAAGAUGUCCCAAAGGUUUCCAAAAUUGGCUACUUGCCAGUCAUCGAUGCACCAGUUACUGACAUAGCAACAGUCAACACAAUACUCCGACACAGUGUUUCUAUCUGCACUCGCCUUCAACUGCCAGAAAUUGUGUUAGUAUUCGACGAAGCCCUAUAUGCCAAAGCUCAACAGAUAAAGAUGGAAGGAUGA